GGAAGAGGAACUAUUCAAUCCACCAGCUAGAAUUGGAUUCGAAUGUGGAAAACCAUUUCUGACCCAAGUCUCUCUCUCUCUCUCUCUCUCUCUCUCACACACACACACACACACAUUAUUUUGUUGGUGUCGCUCUAUCCUGUCUAUAAAUGCCACCUCCUCCGAAGCUUCAACUCCCUUUCCUCCUGUUCUCUCUUGCUUAGGUUUACUGAGGUUCUUCUGCUCUAUGCUUUAAUUGCCUCCCUCCCCUGCUUCUGUUGAUCUUAGCUGCGCACUGAAAACCAAGUUCCUGCUGCAGGUCCACUAUUUCUUGUGGAAAGAUUCCUCGCUUUUGGCUGGUUUCUUCCUGUUGGUGACUCUAUUUACCUUCUCUCUGUUCCAAGAUCUGAGCUUUAUGAACCGAGGCUUCUUCUUCCUUUUCCGCCAUUCACAUGCAGCGUCUUUAUCUCUCGGUGUUUCUGAUUGAUGCUGCCUAUCCGAAGUGAAAUCGUCCCUUCGUAGUUCAUGCUAAAUUCCACUCUUCAGCGCAUGAGCUACCUUGCACAAUCCUUCUCUGUGGUCCUUCUUUACUGGUUCUAUGUCUUCCAUGAGUUUUGUUCUGAGAGCUGAGCACAAUCUACUUGAUUCAGCUGCAACUCCACCAAAAUACAAUAUUUCUUGAAGCACCACAUUUAAAUCUUGUGAAUCUACUAAAAAGGUAUCCUUUUUCUGGCCAAAAUUCAAGUUUUGAUGGCUUCUCCCGGUGGGACUUCCUCCGCAUCCAGUCUGCUCCACGGCUCUGGUUCCGACGAAGGUCUGCAGGCUGUGAUGGACGAGAAGAAGCGGAAGCGACUGAUAUCGAACCGCGAGUCUGCGCGGCGGUCGAGGCUGCGCAAGCAGAAGCACUUGGAUGAUCUGGUGGCACAGGCGAACCAGCUGAGGAAGGAGAACAGCCAUGGCUUCGCAAUCUUGAAGCUCGUUACACAGCACUGUGCUGCUGUGGAGGCCGAGAAUUCUGUGCUGAGGGCUCAGAUGAUGGAGCUGAGCAGUAGGCUGCAAUCCCUCGAUGACAGACUCCACAACCUGAAUGGAAACAACGGCAGCAAUCACCUUCUGUGUGAUGGUCCUCAGUUCACUGACAACAUCGUCAGUCCAUGGAACUUCAACUAUAUGAAUCAGCCUAUCAUGGCUUCAUCAGAGGACAUGCUUUACUUCUGAGAGAGAUGUAGCCAUUGAACCUGUUAGAAGAAACCUGACCAUUGCAGGUCACACUUAUUGAGUCCUAAAACCAUGAAGGUUGUAUAGACAGUCUUAUCAUCUACUUUUUUGUCUCUCUCAGCAACAAACGCAGAAACAAAGACUGCUAUAAUCUUGAAGA